GCUUUUCUCGCCAAACUGACAGAAACACGAGAAGAAGGGAAAGAAGAGAUGCACCCUGAACUGCAGUUUCAAAACAAAAGAUUUGCGACGUUUUUAAAGCACAACGAAUCAUUUACAAGCGAAGACAUGGAUUCAGACCAGCAGGAAGAACAGAAACCUAUAAAGAUAGAGAUUAUUGAAUAUUACAUUGAAAACACGAGUGAUCCAGAUCCCUUCAGAGUGAAGCUGGAAGAUACAGAAGAAGAAAGAGAACUGACGGAAAAGAGUGAAGAACUGAAUGAAGGGGAGGAGAAUCAUGUCAAUCCUGAGGAAGAAUCUUUGAGUUGCUCACAAAUGGAAAGAGAAUUUGCACUGAUAAGAAGAGGUGACAAAAACUUAAUUUGCACUCAGUGUGGAAAAACAUUCCCAUAUAAAAAAAGCCUUAUAGAUCACAUGAGAAUCCACACUGGAGAGAAGCCUUUCGCAUGUGAUCAGUGUGAGAAGAGAUUCCCGCUAAAAAGAAAUCUUAAUGAACACAUGAAAACCCACACUGGAGAGAAGCCGCACAUGUGUGAUCAAUGUGGAAAGAGUUUCACACUAAAAAGUAACCUUAAUGGACACAUGAAAACACACACUGGAGAAAAGCCGCACACAUGCGAUCAGUGUGGGAAGAGUUUUACACGAAAACGAACCCUUAAUGAUCACAUGAAAAUCCACACUGGAGAGGAACUUCACACAUGUGAUCAGUGUGGGAAGAGUUUCCUAUACAAACAAAGUCUUAAAGACCACAUUGCGGUUCAUAGUGGAGAAAAGCAGUCCGAGAAAAGGUUCACACAAAAAACACACCUUACAGAUCACAUGAGCAUCCACGCCGGAGAGCUGCUGCACACAUGUGGUCAUUGCGGGAAGAGUUUUGCACAAGAAGUCAGUCUCAAAUCACAUCUGCGUUCUCAUUCUGGAGAAAGACCAUUUAACUGUGAUCAGUGCAGUAAAAAGUUUUUCUGGGCAGAAUCCCUGAAGAAGCACCUUAAGGUUCAUACACAGGAGAAGCCUCAUGUGUGUUCCCUGUGUGGAAAGAGUUUUUCACUACUGGAUAGUUUUCAAACACACCAGAAACGACACAGUAGUGUGAAGGAUCAUGUGUGCUUUGAAUGUGGGAAGUCCUUUUUCACAGAUAGUCAGCUGAAGCUGCACCAGAGAAUUCACACUGGAGAAAAACCUUACAAGUGUUCACAAUGCGACAAGACAUUCAGUCAGUCAUCAAAUCUGAAAACACACGAGAAGAUCCACACUGGAGAGAAGCCGCACACGUGUGAUCAGUGCGGGAAGAGUUUCACAUUAAAAGGAAACCUUAAGGAACACAUGAAAAUGCACGCUGGAAAGAAGAGACACGUGUGUUCUUUAUGUGGAAAACGUUUUACAUGGCUGCACACUUUAAAAGUACACCAGAAGAUACAUACCACUGUGAAAGCAGUGUGAAAGGACAUUUGCUACAGCGGACUAAUAAUAAUAAUAAUAAUAAUUAAAGAAAAAAAAAAUACAGUGUUUUCUUUAUGCAAAAAGAAAAGUAAACAUGAAGAGAGUCUUGAUCUGGUAGCCUCUUGUGCUUAGUCAAUACAGCAUCAUCUUUUCUAGAUUUUGGCCAAAUGUAUUAAAUGAGAGAAAAAAAUGCAAAUGCUUUAAAGACAUUCUAGUAUUUUCACCACAGUCAAACUACGGCUAAUCUCUGCUUUAGGUGAGACAUGCAGUGUUUUACACCUGCAAUGAUAAUUAUACUCUCCCGGGGCAUUCAUUUGGUGAUGUUACAAGAUCCUUUAUCUAUAUGUAAAUUUAAACAUUUAAUAUAAAAAAUAAAAUGGUGCUGUUUUU